CUUAGCCGACUUGCUUUGCGACAACUUCUAACUUGUUUACUAUAUAUAUGUAUACUCUUUUCAGUUGAGCUUCGCACAAUCACCCAAGUUCCUUUCUGAAUUACGUACUCUAGGAACAAUAAUUGGUGGUGAUGAUGGGUCGACUCAAUUUUUCGAUAAUCAUUGGAUUGUCGCUUUGUCUUAGCCUCUGUAGCUUCCCUGCAGUGGAAGCCCAGCUAAGACAAAAUUUCUAUGCAAACAUUUGUCCCAACGUUGAAACCAUAGUGAGGAACGCUGUUACCCGAAAAUUCCGAGAAACCUUUGUCACUGCGCCGGCUGUCGUCCGCCUCCUAUUCCACGACUGUUUUGUCCAAGUAAGUUCCAUGCGCGUAGUCCGUUACAGAGUAACUAACUUAUACUCCCUGCGUCCCAAAAUGAAUAAGAUGUUUAAGUGAAAAUUCAUGCUGGACAAUCAUUUUAGGACGGGUGAAGUAUUAAUAAUAGUGUUAAAACAGAUGCAUUAAUUGCUUCACUGAUUUCCCUUCUAAGUGCUGUUCCUGCAGGGAUGUGAUGCUUCGGUAAUGAUAGCAUCCACACCAAACAACAAGGCAGAAAAAGACCACCCCGACAACUUGUCGCUCGCGGGAGAUGGAUUCGACACUAUUAACAGAGCCAAGGCAGCAGUGGACGCCACCCGGGGUUGUAGAAACAAGGUCUCAUGCGCUGACAUUCUUGUCAUGGCUACUCGAGACGUGAUUGCACUGGUAACCUUCGUACUCCUACUUUAUUAAUUGCAUUAUGCGAUGAAUUAAACGCACUUAUUGUUGGUUUACUAAUUAAGACGUGUACAGAGUGGUGGACCUUCAUAUGCAGUUGAACUGGGAAGAUUAGAUGGAUUGUCAUCAACGGCAUCAAGUGUCAACGGCAAACUGCCCGAACCAAAUUUCAAUUUGGACCAACUCAACAAAAUAUUCGCUGCCAAUAAUCUAACUCAGAAUGACAUGAUUGCUCUCUCAGCUUGUCACACCGUGGGUUUCUCGCACUGCGGCAGAUUCCAGAACCGGAUAUUCAACUUCAGCCGGACCAACCCGGUGGAUCCGUCCAUGAACAAGCAGUACGCGGAUCAGCUGCGGACAAGUUGCCCGAUCGGGGUUGACCCGACAAUUGUGGUCUUCAUGGACCCCACCACCCCGAGGACUUUCGAUAAUGCAUACUUCAAGAACCUGCAGCAGGGGAAAGGUCUGUUCACUUCAGAUGAAGUCCUCUUCACGGAUGGAAGGUCUAAGGCAAGUGUGAACACGUUCGCCGGCAACCCCCAAGCCUUCAAUCAAGCUUUUGUUACGGCCAUCACUAAAUUGGCCCGGACCGGAGUCAAGACUUCUCCUAGAAACGGUAACAUUCGCCGGGUUUGUGGUGCCUUCAAUUAAAUGAGACGAAGACGAGAAAUCUUCAUGAUGAUGCACUUAAUCCAGUCCAAUAAAUUAACUUCAGUACCAUUGUUCCAAAUGUUGUGCAAAAAGUAAUAAUUGAUGGAGUUCGAUUUGAAUUUUGAUUCUGAGUGUGUCGGUGUUUGUUUGUUUAUUUUUUUUUUUUGUUGAAAGUGGUAGGUGUUUGUAUUUCAUACAUACAAGAAUGAAGAAUGUGGGUUGGUACAUAAUUUUGCAAAACAAAUGAAAACGUGUUUCAAUCUGAUCAUUUUCACGGUUCAUCAUUAUUAUGUAUGGUAGUGCAUAUCCAUGCAAAGAUGGUUGCCUAGUGUUACCACCAUAUAGAUUCAAAGCAGCAAACUUCUCAGCGUCAAACCAUCACUCUAAU